AUGCUUCAGCUGAAGCAUUGUGUGGUGGAUUUCAUGAGUUGUGUCAUAGGAAAUGGUGAUGAUGCAUCUUUCUGCUACGACUCUUGGAAAGACCUGGGACCACUUAUAUCAUUCGUUGGGGAUAAUGGUCCUCGUCAGCUGCAGAUUCAUCUUGAUGCUCACAUAGUCCAUGCCUCUCAGAAUGGAAUGUGGAGGAUGCCUGCAGCUAGAUCAGAGGAAGCCCAAGCUCUCCAAAUUGCCUUAUCGACCAUUACUCCACCGUCUGUCGAUCGCGGUCGAGAUCAAUACUUAUGGCGGAAUGACUCGGGUACGUAUGUGAAUGUUUUCUCUUCUAAGGUAAUUUGGGAGCUUAUUCGUAGUUGUUCUCCUCAAGUCUCUUGGGAUAAGAUUGUCUGGUUUAAGGAACCUGUUCCUAGUCACUCGUUUAUCACUUGGUUAGCUAUGUUGUCACGGCUUCCCACCAAGGAUAGAUUGAGGCGAUGGGGGUUGAAUGGUGCUCCUGAAUGUGUGUUGUGCUCUGGUGGUUUGGAAACGCAUAUGCAUCUCUUCUUUGAAUGCCAGUUUUCAUCAGCUAUCUGGAACUGCUUUGCGUCUUCUUUUUGGCCGAACGCGCCCCUGGAUCUUGUCUCUAUUGUUGCAUGGAUCUCCCAGAACCAAGUAAAUCAUCGAUCGGGCCCUGCCAUUAUCAUCUGGAUCAUCUUGCAAGCUCUCGUUUAUAUCCUCUAG